AUGAAGUUCUCUGCUCUCGCUGCCAUUGUCGCCGCCGUGGCUGCUGCUCCAGCGUCCAUCUCUAACACCUGGAGCACCUUGACCCCCACAGGCACGUUGAACGAGUCUGCCUCGGCUAUAACCUCGAUCUCGGGCUCUUAUGCUCUUUCGAUUAGAACGGUCUCGGCUUCCGUCUCGCAAGGCAUCUCUCAAGACAAGAGAGACGUUGUGUCCCAGAUAGGUGACGGUCAGAUCCAGGCCAACUCCAACACCGAGGUCAGCAAGCCUCCAGCUACGACUACAGCUUCCGUCAUCAACCAGAUUGGUGACGGACAGGUUCAGCAGCAGACUGCUUCAGUUGUGAACCAGAUUGGCGAUGGUCAGAUUCAGCAACAAACUACGGCAUCUGUGGUCAACCAGAUUGGCGAUGGUCAAAUCCAACAACAAACCACUGCUUCCGUGGUCAAUCAGAUUGGUGAUGGUCAGAUCCAACAACAAACCACUGCAUCUGUGGUGAAUCAAAUCGGCGACGGCCAGAUUCAGCAGCAAACCACUGCAUCUGUGGUGAACCAGAUCGGCGACGGUCAGAUCCAGCAGCAGACCCAGACUGCCUCAGUUGUCAACCAGAUCGGCGACGGUCAGAUCCAGCAGCAGACGGCUGCUCCAAAGUCUGCCUCUGUCGUUGACCAAAUUGGUGACGGUCAGAUUCAGCAGCACACAACCGCCUCGGUUGCUAACCAGAUCGGUGAUGGCCAGAUCCAGCAGCAGUCUGUUGCUGCCGAGUCCACCCAUGCUCCAUCUCAGUCUGUUGUAAACCAGGUAACUGACGGCCAGGUUCAGGCUACUGGCGCUGCAUCCUCUGACCCCGACUCUCCAAAGGACUACUUUGAGGAGACUUGUGUUUCUGACGACUCCUUGCUUGUGUCUCUCACUGACGGUGAGUUGAGAGACUCCAAGGGCAGAGUCGGUGCCAUUGUUGCCAACAGACAGUUCCAGUUUGACGGCCCUCCACCUCAGGCUGGUACCAUCUACGCUGCUGGCUGGUCUUUCGUUCCAGCUGACGUAGCUGGGUUGGGCGAAAAGCAGUCCGACACUAAGGAGGGUGGCUUCAAGUUGGCCUUGGGUGACCAGACCACUUUCUACAAAUGUCUUUCUGGAGACUUCUACAACUUAUAUGACGAGUCCAUCGGUGCUCAGUGCUCGGCCAUUGAGAUCUUCCUCUUGAAGGCCGUCGACUGUUAA